CGGGCACGUCACAACACUAGAAUAGCACUUGCCACUGAAACAAACUUAACUGUUUGGCGCUGGCUAUGUAAGCAGUGUAUAGGCACUCAAACAGUAAUGCAUCUGAGCUCUGGCUAUACAGAGAAUUAGUACCUUUUAUAGCUGCUAUUUAGCUAGGUCACUACGUUCGCUUGCUGGUUGUUUGCUUGCUUGCUCGAUGGUUGUAUGGCUGCUCCUCUGAGUAGCAUAGAUCAACAUCUCAGUGAAUAAGCCAGUUUGUUAGAUCGUACAUUCGUUUACAGUAUACAUGCAUUGCAUAUAUGUCUAUCUAUAUCUGUAUAUAGAGGUGCAUGUUUCUCUAUCAAAUUAAAGUAUUCAGUGGGCACUAUGUCCGUACCUGACGCACAACUAACACCGCACAGAGUAGCCCUGCUGGUGCUGGUACGCGAGUUUCUCAGCGAUGUCGCCGCCAAUGACUGGAAUGAUGCGAGUAGUGGUGAGUUGACCGAGGGUGAAUUCACCAUCCUGCUGGUAGACGCGAUCAAGAAUAAUACACAUGCAUCAUCGUCGUCCGACUACGAACUACUGAAGUCCAAAAUAGCAUUCUACAAGAGCCAACGGUCCCAUCACCUACUGAGAGUUUUACACACCACCUUAUUAUCGGUAACCGAUGUUUUUGCAAUGAAUGACCUGUUUGACUACGCGAAGAAUAUCAUUGACCAUCCGCCAGAAGAGGUAGCGGGGGAUUUGGUGACACGGCAUAGUAUCAUAGGCUUGUUCUGUAGGCAGAUCUGUCUAUCUUUCGAAUCUGCGGACUUUGAUCAGGUGGUGCGGCUGUGUGACGAUGUGUCUGAGUACUGUGCGGACAAUUCACAGGUUACGAAAGCGCACAGGGAACGGCCAGAUGCAGGAUGUUCGAACAGCACCUUCGAUUGGCUGCACACCAGCAGCAUCGUCGGAGCGAGCGCCGUGAGUGGAUUGUUUUCCAGCGAAGACCAGAUAGGUCGCAAGCACAGACCCGCACACACGGCAAAAGGUAAUUUCGUAGCCAUGGAUCUGGAUGACAGCUUCGGCCAACCUUCGAACCAGGGUCACGAGCCACCCCCACGUGCCAGCACACCUGUCAAGGACACGCCGAUUACGCAUAACACCAGUGCACAGCCGCACCCGCAUUCGCCCAUAACGCAUUCGCAACAGCUGCGCUUUGAUCUGGGCGCUGACUCAGCAGGUGACGGAAUCAGGAAUGGGAAUGGGAAUCGGAAAACUGGGGAUAAGGGUGUUGCCGGGGGUGCUAAUACAGACCAGGGUUUGGGGGGAGACAGUGCUAAUGGUGGGGUAGAGGCAAAGGAGCAUUCCAACAUAAAUGCCGAGCGACUGGUACGCCGUGCGGCGGAGUGCCUCCAGCGUGGUGGAGAGGUUCACGCGUCGCCGGCUGAGCUUCACAGCAGUUUACAGACAGUGCUCAGGGACGAUCCAGACCACCAGACUGCAACCACAUUAUCUUUUAUGAACUUCUGCCGGGCCAAGGACUACACGAGCGCGCUAGCGGGCAUGCACAGCCUCACAUACACAUUAGUGAACAAUUCGAACGUGAAGCCUGCAGUUGCAGCAGAGAAGCAGCACCAGCUAUUUCACAUUGUUCCUCAUGGCGACAAGUCAUCGCUGCAAAUGGCCCUAUUCAAUUUGGCCAAGACUGAGUACGAAUUCAGUGAACUGGGGUCUGCUUCACUAACAUAUAUCGCAACUCACUUUGAAUACCUUAAGGGUUCUUGGCCGAUGAUGUGGUCUGAAGAUACAGCGCACAAGAAUACGCGACAACAAGAUAGGCACAGCAGCUCGCAACUUCAAGAAGGGCCGACAAAGUACAGAAGCUUGGGAAGUAAGCUAGGUCGAAGGAACACGGCGUUCUACAAGAGCAAUGUGGCUUCCGGAAGAGUAAGCGCUAAAGACGACGACACGCCGCUGCAGGUGCUUCUGCUCCGCUGUGUGAGACGAGCGAACGAGCUGCAUCUGCCCGAUGUUGAGGGCGUGCAAUUGCUAAACUCAGCCAUGCACAUGGUACGCUCUGGUAGGCCUGGCCGGGAAGUAGAUGCGCUUCUGUCCCGCACCCGAGAAUUAAGAACCGGGCUGCCAUUUCAGGAGCUGGAUACUGCCAAAGGAUCCGCCCAGCAAGCAGACGAACGUAUGCUCUCCGCUCAUCGAUGGUUUAUGCAAGGCCAAAGACAACUGGCCACACUCUUCGCAUCUCAACAACUUCUAUUCGCCCCGUCCAGUGGGCAUCCGGCCCAGUCUGUGGAAGCCUUGUGUGUGAUGGCGUAUACACGCGCAGAGGAUGCGGGCGACCUGGCAGCCGCACUGACAUACACAGACGCGGCAGGCCACCGGUACCCUCGCCCGUCACCUGAGAGCGGACUCUGGAGGCAGUGUAGCCUUCAUAUCUUGUUUAACCGGUUCCUGUUGUGGAAAGCUUUUGAAAGCGCCGAGAGGGUGUUGUAUUAUAUAGAGGGUCUCUUAGAUACCAACGACUACUUGUACGCCGGUGGCCUUUCCCGCAACCACAAGGGACGACUUUUGGCGAAGUAUAGGUGUAGAUUAGCGCUGGCGAGGGGCGAUGCUGUAGAGGCUUUGGCUGUGUAUGAGCGCAUGUGUCCGGAUGUGUGCCUAGAAAACACGUCAGGCGACGGUACGGCAGUACACGAGCAUGUGACAUAUCUGAAGAACCAAGCGGAAGCAUUGCACAUGUGCGAGGACUAUGCUCAGGGUCUGGUGGUGGCGCUGAAGGGUUUAUCGCUGGCUCGUAAAUACGAGAGCAAGGCCGACGAGGCUGACUUGGUUCUGUUAUUGUGUCGGAUACAGCUUCAGGUGGGACUGACACACGCCGCGAAUGAUAUACUCACGAGAGAAGUAACAAAUGUGUUGACGUACGGGUCGGCUCAUACUCGUGCAUGUGUAUGGAUUGUGCUGGCUGAUUGUAUACUGGCGCUGCGCGGAGGCGCUGAUAGCGAUGUGAAGUCAGAUAUUCAGAUUGGUUCUGAUGGCGAAUUGGACGAUUUGGCGACCGAUCAAUCAGAUGCGGAGGAUGAAACAGACAGCAACACCCGUGAGUGUCCCAGGUCUGUGCAUCUACUGGACUGCAUAUCAGGCUUACAUGACUCAGUAGGAAUCUUACAACAGAUGGGUGAUCGAUCUAAUGAGACGGAGGCUUGGGCGCGGAUUGCCAUACUCUGCAAUGCCCUCAACAAGACUGACAAGAGAGACCAGGCGAGCGAACAGUAUCGAAGAUUGACUGAUCUUAGCGACCAAGCAGCUUGUCAGCAGCGAGUGAAUCAAACUGCUUGUGAGCUGACCACACGGAUACUGAAAUGUGGCGCGGGGGAGUCAACGACCCUCUGAACAGCUAAUAACUAAAAUCGGAAUGCGCCAGCGAAUCACCCGCCGCGCAAGGACGCAGUUGUGUUGUAAUUGAACUGUAGGGUGCAGGUGGUUAAUCCAGGAUCAGACCUUGGUCGUGUGAUGAUGUGAUGAGUUAGUUAAUCGGACAUGUAGCUCAACAUGGCUACGUGCUGGAUAUGAGAGAACAUUUUGUGGCUGAAGAAUGGUGUACAUAGUAGCUGUGGGCUAUCUCAUAAGAAAAUCGCAUGGGUUUAAUGGCAGAUCUGGAUGUGAUAAACGUAUCUGCGCCAUAUUUGGAUAGCUGCAAGUGCCUAAAGGCUCACACUAUCCAACUUCUCUGCCGUCUUCAUUCAUACAACUGACACGACCAUGUAGCAUUAUAAACCGUGAAAAUCAGACCUAAACAAAAGAAGGUGCGUGAGCAAUCGGUAUUAAAGCCUUCUUUUACUGCUCAGAUAAACUGUUUUUUGAAGGAAUGAAUCAAGUAAACAAGAUUUGCAG